AUGGGUAAAGCGCCAAAGAAGAAGUUCAGCGGCGCCUCCUCUGGGAAAGAAGUUGCUGCUGAAAGACAUAUGAACACAGUAUUCAAAUUCAAUACAGGAUUGGGUCAGCAUAUUUUGAAGAAUCCACUUGUUGCACAAGGUAUUGUUGAUAAAGCUCAGAUAAAGCCAUCUGAUAUUGUUCUUGAAGUUGGUCCAGGUACUGGUAAUUUAACUGUCCGUAUCCUUGAACAGGCAAGGAAGGUCGUAGCCGUGGAAUUUGAUCCGCGAAUGGCAGCUGAGUUGACCAAAAGAGUUCAUGGGACAGCAGGUGAAAAAAAGCUUGAGAUUCUUCUAGGAGAUUUUAUGAAGACUGAGUUACCUUAUUUUGAUAUUUGCAUAAGUAAUACCCCAUAUCAAAUUUCUUCCCCGUUGGUGUUUAAAUUAAUAAAUCAGCCAAGGCCACCUAGAGUGUCUAUAUUAAUGUUCCAAAGAGAAUUUGCAAUGAGGCUAUUGGCUAGACCAGGUGAUGCUCUUUAUUGUAGAUUAUCUGCAAAUGUUCAAAUGUGGGCACAUGUGACACAUAUUAUGAAAGUUGGCAAAAAUAAUUUUAGACCUCCACCACAAGUUGAAUCUAGUGUUGUUAGAAUCGAAAUUAAAACGCCAAGACCCCAGGUUGACUUUAAUGAAUGGGAUGGGUUAUUGCGGAUUGUUUUCGUUAGAAAAAAUAGAACAAUUGCAGCAGGGUUCAAGAGCAGCAGCGUAUUGGAUAUUUUGGAGAAAAACUAUAAGGCUUAUUUGGCUUCAAUGGAAACCUCAAUGGUCGAUGAUAGGAAGGGUUCUAUGUUAGAAGAAGUCAUCGAGAAAAUUGACAAGGUUCUAAAGGAAACAGGGUUAGGGGAAGUAAGAGCAGGUAAAUGUGACCAAGUAGAUUUCCUGAGACUUUUGUACGCAUUUCAUCAAGUUGGCAUACACUUUUCAUAA